AUGAAUACUGAAAAUAAAGUUGAUGACAUGAAUACACACAAAAAUAGUUCUGAAAAUGUUCUAAACUUGAAUCCACCCACCCAUACUGUUGAAGAAGAUGGCACAAGGGAUUCUAAUGAUUAUAACUAUAAAUUGAAGAUCCCUACUGAGAAAUUUUCUCCAAAACCUGACAUCAUUUAUCUCAAGAUUUUUCCAGAUAACCACCCACUAUCAGCAGAAGAACAAAUAUUCUUCAUUAACAUAACAGAAGGAAUUUUUGGAUAUAAUGAACAAAUCAGAAAUGAAAACUUGAGGGUCCUUGCAGUAGACUACAAUAUCAAAUACUUGCUUCCAUACCUCUGCAUUUUCAUCAAGGAUACUGUCCAUCUGAACAUCUCAUUUCCAGAUUUGACAUUACUAAUAUAUGCAGUAAGAAUGGUAAAGAGCCUUAUUUGUAAUCAACAUCUAGAACUCAUUGAACACUUACACCAUUUAAUCCCAGUCACUAUAUCUUGUGCUCUAGCUCGAAAAAUCUGUAAAUACUACCAUGACAACCACUGGACUUUGAGAGACUUCUCUGCUUUUGUCAUUGCUUCAAUAUGUGAGAAAUACAAUAGCAAUAUGAACAACAUUUCCAGCAGAGUUAUUAGAAUAUACUUGAGACCUUUAUUGGAAUACAUGUCUCCAUUAACUACCAUAUAUGGAGCUGUUAAGGGUUUAGGUUGUAUGGGUGAGGAAAUUGUGAAAACAUACUUAUUUCCUUGUAUUAGUUUCAUAAGUAAGCGCAUGUUUAUAAUUUUUGAAAGAAAAAUACAUGGUUACUACCAGGAAGAAAGAAGCAAGCAGCAGAACUUGGAGGCCAGACAUGUGAGAGAUGCAGUAGUGAAUAUAGUAGCACCAAUUUUGUACAAAACAAAGAAUGUCAAGGAUGGAGGAUUAUUGUAUUCACAGUAUUUUGGUUAUCUUGGCAAAUUCUUGUACAUGGAAGUAAAAAACUUGGAAAAAAUUGAGCUCAAUCAACAAAAAGUUCAAGCAUAUGAAAGGUCUGCUAUCAGUAACAUCCCACCAUUCAAUAAUAUUACAAACUUCAAUUAUUUUGUACCACAACAAUCAGUGCAAAUGCCUUCUACAGAAAAUACUCUAACUUCCACUGAUACACAGAAACAAAAGGAAAAUGAUACCAAGUGA